UUUUAACGAAAGUACAAAAAGUGUAUGAAAGUGCAAUAAAAUAGCACGCAAAGCAGAUUUACAGGUUUUUAGGAACGCUUACUACGUCAUAAUAUUUGAAUGUAGUUCGGUUGGAAGAGUGUGAAAGACUCACCGUGUACAUACGUAUAUUGGCGUUAUUUCCGAGUCAUCCGUGUUUUCAGUUUUUUUCCAUUCUCUCGAAAACUUCGAUAAAUGAGCAAGGUGUGAAGAACCAAGGGCAUUUCAGUGUGAACUCAUUGUAUGAUUGUUUUACACGCAUUUCUCACAAGAUACAUCCGAUGCCUUCUCACAGUAAACGUACAUUACAAAUUCUGCAGAGAACUUUCGAAGAGCUGCAGCGUUAUUAUACUCUGUUACAGCUUAUUAGGGCCGAACUCGAAAAAAUAGCAGGAAAUUUCGCUGCCAUAAACGAAGCAUAAGGAUAAGGAUCAAUAUAGAUUAUAGCAAUUUAUAUUUAUAUAAAAACAAAAAGAGGUAAAGAUUUUUUAUGAUAAAAUGGAUUCUCGUAAGUCUUUAAUGCACAAAAGAUUGGAGGCUAUACAAAAUUCAUCAACUUCUUCGACAUCUUCAACGUUAUUGCGACGAAAAUCCAUUGCCAAAACACCAGAAAGUACUCUUUCAGAAAAUGAUGAUGAGGCGGAACGUCUUGCUCGUCGACGCGAGAUUUCUGCAACGACGCCAUUGUUGGUAUCUUCUAAUAAUAAAAGGCAUUCUCUAGGUCUAGGAUUUUUAGCGAAUAUUUCAGAGCCGCAAAUGGCCGAGAGCAUAAAUCAGUGUAUAAAACUGAGUACUGAGAAUAAGAUUAAUGCCAAGAACGCGUUUGCUCUCGGAAUGAUCGACUUUAUGACAUAUAUGAUAAAGAAACAGGAUGUCAAUAUGUCGAAUCUACAGGUAGCUAGCACAUCCUUGGAUGUCAGUACCAAAAUCUAUGGAUUUCGUGUAGAUAGUGUGCAUAUGGAGAUACUCAAAAUGGUUGGUGGACUGGAUAAACAUGUGGAUGAUGCGGAACAAAAUUUGGACGAGCAAAGAGAAGCUACCACAGAAGAUAUGGAAGCAAACAUCGAGAUGCAGAAAAAGAAAAAGAAGAAAGCAAAACAGAAGAUUUUCAGCACUAUGGAAGCUCUGAGAGGCAAUAUCGAAAUUGCAAAACCCUUGUCGAUGAUGAUAGGCGAGGGAGAUCUGCAGACCAGUGACAUGCUGUACCAGGCGUGUCUGCCGAAUCACGCGAAUUCCGGCUUCUAUCAACAUCCAUACAAUGACGUGCUCGUCGAUGUCUUAGAAGACACAUCUGAGUCACAAAGUAAUUCGAAUGUGAAAUACACCAUACCGACAAUCGAGGACUUCUCGAAUCUGGAGAUCUGCGCGUCGUACUCGAACUUCGAGUUUCUCGGUUGGUCUGUGGAUAACGAGCCGGAAGAGAUGUCGGAUGAGGGAGCCGAGUCCAAUGAUGAUGACAAUCGAUUCCAAUUUGAUUUGGAUGCCAGUAUGGAGCAGGAUAACGAACCGGCACCCGAGCCCAUGAAUUUCUUUGAUAUCGAAGGCGACGAUAACAAUGAGAACAAUAUUCAGAGAUGCUACCGAGAAAAAACGAGUAAUCCAAAUGGGAAUAUUGUGGAUGCGCUUGACGUUCGGCCAUCAGCCACAUCUGAAUACUCUUUCGUUCAGUCGAGCAUAAACUUGCAUUGGGCUGGGCCAUCUCAUUGGAAAUUUCGAAAUCUUGCAAGACCUUUCACCGAUACUGCCGCUGGUAGUAUCAAGGAGACUGCGGCAGGUUACACGCAAGCCAAACUGUCAAAGAGAAAACAGUUCGAGUUGUCAUACGACGACAAACACAAUGUAGAUGAAAAGUUUGCAUCGAGUCAUUCUAAUAAGUUACAAGCCAAGACCGCGAAAACAGAAUGGAGCACCGAGAAUGUGACAUUACCGGAAGAUGUACAUUAUGAUGUGAUGCAGCUGUGUAAACUAUAUGUGUACCAGAAAAUGAUUAUAAAGCCAUCAAAAAAUGGGAAUAACGAAAAUGAAGUAAUCACUGCGGAUAUGUCUGAUGCCGAGAGAUAUGACUAUGAUAAUCCAAAUGAUACGCUAGAAUAUUGUCCUAAUGUUGAACACGAUGGUGAUUACGAUGAUUACGGAGGUAAAGAUGAUGGUACCGAGAAUUAUAGCUGCGAAGAUGAUAAUGCUAUUGUCACGGGUAGCCAGGGUCUCAUCGGCGACAAUCUAGUAGCCGCGCCCAAGCUAGUUAACAAAAUAGCCAUCCCAUAUUGCUUGAAGGCGAAAAGGAUCGACAUGCGACAGUUGAAGAAAUCUAUAUGGAGUUGCCUCACCGAAUCCACAAAUAAUAAUAAUAACACGGACGUCGUGAAUAUCGAAGAAACGGCAAAUGAAGCUGAUAAGAUGAAGGACAAUAAACGAUUCAGCGACAUUUAUAAAAAAUUACCGAAAUUGUUGACGAAAAACAAUGCCGAGGCGUUGAGCGUACCAAUUUCCUUUAUAUCUAUGCUACAUUUGGCGAAUGAGAAAGAACUAAAGAUUAAUUCGCUACCGGACCUGUCUGACAUUAUCAUCGAAUCUGGAGAUUCACCUAAGUGACCUGAGAAAUAAGAUUGAUUUGUGACUACUAAUCUCUGUGUAUAUGUAAUGUUCCGAAUUUAAUAUUUUUCAUGGCAAAUUAUACAUUAAAUUUUCUUAUAUGUAAAAUUGCCUAUAUAAUUUCUCAUGAAAAAUACUCGGACUAACAUCACGUAUCAUACAUAGAUAUAAAAGUACAAAAUCAGGAAAGUCUCUCAAAAUCACAUCGGAACAGAAUAGACAUUUUUUUUAUUUAGAAAACGAAUAAAAAUCGCAUUACAUAUUUAUUUAUUUCUUACGGUGUAUUAUAUAUAGACAUAAUUUUAACUAUUCGGGCCGCGCGCGUACGCGAAAAUAGAUUUACGUUGCGAAUUAUUGUUGCGAAUGUUAAUCAACAAACAGGCAUGAAUUUGUACAAAAAUGCGACGAUAAUUGUAUUAAAUAUUAAAUUUAAUUAAAGAGUAUCAUUUUAAUUUGAUAUCUCUAUAUAUGAUAUUAAUAACAAUGAUAUAAAUAACAAUAGACAUUUGUACAAAUCUAGUGUUUUUACUAUAGCGUUCUUACUAUAGUUGUCAAAUUUAUAUUAUUUGUCAAUUUAUCAAAUAGCAAAUUACAAUUAGCAUUACAAUUUUUAUAUAAAACAUGAAAAAUAGUUAUUGAAAGUUGUUGCGAGAGUGUUUAUAAUAUUUUUGUAUUUAACUCGAUAUUUUGUUCGGCAUAAGUAUAUACGAGUAUAUUUUUGUCAUAAAGAAUAAAAUAUCUUUUUAUAUUAA